AUGAGUCUUGUAAAGUCUUAUGAGGGUGGAAGAGAGAGCCAUGCCCAUAAAAUUGUACAAUCUCUUUUCGAAGAGUAUCUCUCAGUCGAAGAACUAUUUAGUGAUAAUAUACAGGCUGAUGUAAUUGAACGACUCCGUCUUCAAUACAAGAAAGAUUUGUUGAAGAUUGUAGAUAUUGUGCUCUCUCAUCAGGGUGUCAAGAGCAAAAAUAAGCUGAUACUGCGACUAAUGGAUAAACUGGUUUACCCUAAUCCUGCUGCCUAUAGGGAUCAAUUGAUCCGAUUCUCCCAACUCAAUCAUAUUAUUUAUUCUGAGUUGGCUCUUAAGGCUAGUCAACUUCUUGAACAAACUAAACUGAGUGAACUUCGAUCCAGCAUUGCACGAAGUCUUUCUGAACUAGAAAUGUUUACUGAGGAUGGUGAAAAUAUUGAUACUCCGAAGAGGAAGGGUGCCAUUAAUGACCGAAUGGAGGACCUUGUGAGCGCUCCUUUGGCAGUUGAAGAUGCUCUUGUGGGCUUAUUUGAUCACAGUGAUAACACCCUUCAAAGGAGGGUUGUGGAAACUUAUAUACGUAGGCUUUACCAGCCGUAUCUUGUCAAAGGCAGCAUCAGGAUGCAGUGGCACAGAUCUGGCCUUAUUGCUACGUGGGAGUUCUUAGAAGAAUACGUUGAACGGAAGAACGGGGUUGAAGACAAAACACUGGUGGAGAAACAUAGUGAGAAGAAAUGGGGAGUGAUGGUUGUAAUUAAAUCUCUUCAAUUUUUGCCAGCAAUUAUCAGUGCUGCAUUAAGGGAAGCAACCAAUAACUUUCACGAUGCACUUAAAAGUGGUUCUGUCGACUCAAAUAAGCACGGUAAUAUGAUGCAUAUUGGACUAGUGGGCAUCAACAACCAAAUGAGUUUACUUCAAGACAGUGGUGAUGAAGAUCAGGCUCAAGAAAGAAUCAAUAAGUUGGCCAAAAUACUCAGAGAGCAGGAAGUAGGGUCCAUAAUACAUGCUGCCGGUGUUGGAGAUAUUAGCUGUAUCAUACAGAGGGAUGAAGGGCGUGCUCCAAUGAGGCAUUCCUUCCACUGGUCAGCAGAAAAGCUAUAUUAUGAAGAGGAACCCUUGUUGCGGCAUCUGGAACCUCCGCUAUCCAUUUAUCUUGAAUUGGACAAACUUAAAGGCUAUGAGAAUAUACGCUAUACACCAUCCCGUGAUCGUCAAUGGCACCUCUACACUGUUGUGGAUACCAAGCCACAACCAAUUCAAAGAAUGUUUCUUCGAACACUUCUCAGACAGCCAACCACAAAUGAAGGAUACUCUGCUUAUCAAAGGGUAGAUGCAGAAACGUCUCGUACCCAAUUGGACAUGUCCUUUACUUCAAGGAGCAUUUUUAGGUCCUUAAUGGGUGCAAUGGAGGAGUUGGAACUUAACUCACAUAAUACCACCAUCAAAUCUGAACAUGCUCAUAUGUACCUCUACGUCCUACGUGAGCAACAAGUAGAUGAUCUUGUCCACUAUUCCAAAAAAAUCAACAUAGAUGCCGGUCAAGAAGAAACAACAGUAGAGACAAUCUUGGAAGAACUGGCACAGGAAAUCCAUUCCUCUGUUGGUGUAAGAAUGCAUAGAUUAGGAGUUUUUGUAUGGGAAGUGAAGCUCUGGAUUACAGCAUGUGGACAGGCAAAUGGUGCUUGGAGGGUCAUUGUAAACAAUGUUACUGGUCAUACAUCCACUGUACAUAUAUAUCGAGAAAUGGAGGAUGCCACCACUCAUAAAGUGGUUUACAGUUCAGUCACAGUAAAGGGUCCACUGCAUGGUGUACCAGUGAACGAAAACUAUCAACCUUUGGGAGUUAUUGACCGAAAACGUCUCGCAGCAAGAAAGAGUAGCACCACAUACUGCUAUGAUUUUCCCCUUGCGUUUCAAACAUCCUUGGAACAGUCAUGGUCAAUUCAACAGACAGGAGUUCAAAGAGCCAAAGAUAAGGAUCUCUUAAAAGUAACUGAGCUUAAAUUUUCAGAGAAAGAAGGUAGCUGGGGUACUUCUCUUGUUCCUGCAGAGUGUCCUCCUGGACUUAAUGAUGUUGGCAUGGUAGCCUGGUUGAUGGAAAUGUGUACUCCUGAAUUCCCAUCUGGAAGGACAAUAUUGGUUGUUUCGAACGACGUUACAUUCAAGGCUGGUUCUUUUGGCCCAAGGGAGGAUGCCUUCUUUAGAGCAGUAACUGAUCUUGCCUGUGCUAAGAAAAUACCUUUACAUAGAUAA